AAAUUAAAAUAAAUUUACCUUAAGUUAAAAUUUUUACGAAAUCAAAAAUUAUAUUUUUAUUUUUGUUAAAAUUACUAGUGGUAGAAACUUAAAAUGUAAAAUUAAUAUCUACUAAUAUUUCAGAUUUUUAGCAACGGGCGAUUCUUUUAAAACAAUAUCGUAUAGUUAUCGUUUGGGGCAUUCAACAGUGUAUGAAAUAAUGUCAAAUACGUGCAAAGCUUUAGUCAAAAAUGUAAUGCCAGAAGUUAUGCCACUACCCACUACAGAAAAAUGGAGAGAAAUCGCAGAUGAGUUUUGGAAAUGUUGGAAUUUUCCAAACUGCAUUGGAUCAUUGGACGGCAAGCAUGUAGUGAUUCAAGCACCACCAAGAAGUGGGUCACUUUAUUUCAACUAUAAAAAGAUAUUUUCAGUUGUACUUAUGGCUCUUGUUGAUGCACAUUAUAAUUUCAUUGUAGUAGAUGUUGGUGCGUAUGGUAGAAAUAGUGAUGGAGGUAUUUUUAUGAACUCAAAACUAGGAAAAGGCUUAAAUAGAAAACAACUGAAUGUUCCACCAGAUACUGCACUUCCUGGAACUAAUAAUGAGGCACCAUAUGUAAUCUUGGGAGACGCGGCAUUUCCUUUAAAAGAAUAUCUGAUGAGACCCUACCCUGGAAAACAACUCGAUGAUAGUUCAAAAAGAAUAUACAACUAUCGUCAUUGUAAAGGAAGAAGAGUUGUUGAAAAUACGUUUGGGAUUUUGACACAAAAAUUUAGAAUAUUUAAUCGAAGAAUCCAAGCAAAACCUGAAAAUGCUGACAACAUAAUUUUAGCUACUUGUAUUUUGCAUAAUUUUAUUAAGAUUAAUGAAGGCAGGAUAACAUACAAUAGAGAAGAAAAUUCCAAUUUAACUGUAGAUUUAACAUUACAAAACAUUCCAACGCAAGGUGGAAAUGCAAGUCAACCAGUAUUUCAAGUAAGAGAACUUUUCAAAGAUUUUUUCAAUUCUACAGCUGGAUCAGUUUCAUGGCAAAAUGAAUUCAUUUAAAUUAUAUGUAAAACUUAAUGUAUGGUAUAUUAUAUUAAAUUCGUUUGUGAGUAUUUAUGUUAUAUAAUAUU